CUCUGCUGUUGCUUUUCUCUACCGGUAAGAGAGGGGAGAGCAAAAAUGUCCCUCUCUCGUCUUCUUUCACUCAAAUUGCGACCGUUAAUCAACACAGUAGAAUGUAGAAGAUGGUGUUCUUCCGUGAAUGGUAAGGGUGAAAUUUCACAGCCGUUGAAGAAAUCAGAAGUGGUGGAGCAGCUGAAAGCCAGGGAUGUGGAGAUAGCUGAAAAGAAGCUUAUGACUGAAAAUGAAGAGGUCUUUCCUAGAGAAACACGUGUCCAGAAGGAAGUAGAUCCGUGGAAUAGUUUGGUAGCGGCCUUUCAAAUAACUAAAAAGAAGAUAUUUGGAAAUAUUUUGGAGCAGAAGAGCAGUAGCGCUCAUGCGUUAACUUCCACUUCUGAUCUUAAGGAUUCUGAUAAUGUUGUGUCUGCUUGUAGUCAUGAUAGUGGAAGUAUGAAUAAUCUUAAGAGUACAAUUCAUUCAGAAAAGACAUCUAUAACUAAUAUGGAAGAAAAUGUUGACUGUAAAACAUCUCUGUUUUCUUUUAUAGCUGUUGAGAUUGUUAAUAUGAAAAACUCUUCAAAUACAGUUGUGACUGAGGAAUUGCUAAAUAUCUCUUCAAAAGAAUGUGAAGGAAAAACUGACUUCGGGGUAAAUGACAUGUCUUCUGGUGCAUUAUCUACCUGUGGAAAAGCCGAUUCCAACGACGGUGUUCAACCGAUUAAUGAUUUCCAUCAUUCAGAGUUAGUUAAGAAAGAGAGAGAACAAUUGCUAGAUGAGGAAGCAUUAUCAAGUGUACAAAUCAGUUCUGGUGAAGAGAUCCUGUCAAAAUCUGAGAACGCAUGUAUCGUAGAACAUUGGAUGCAGAUUGAGAUACCUAGGACAUCACAUAGAAUUUCUUCCAAUAAAUCUGGUUCAACUGCAUCUGAAAGCCAGGAGGAGGACAUUAUGAAGAAGUUCAAAUUUUCGUCCAAUCAGAUUGUUGCCCCAAAGAGUGAAAAAUCUGUACCUAGAGAGUUUGAGCACCUUAAUGAAACUUCUCAGAAUACUUUCGGCAAGAGUGGCGACAUAAAGGGCUUAAUUGAAUGUAUUAGGGUGCUCCCUCCUCAGAAUCAUUCUGUUGUUAGGCCUGAGGAAAUUGUUGUUGACAGAAGUGUUGACAGAUAUAGUGAAAGAAAGGCAAGUAACAGCACCCAAGCACAAACUAACAAGCAGUCAACUGACGGGAAAAAAAGAAAGACUUUAUCUCAGGGUGUGAUUGGAAAGAAGGGUGGGAUAUCUAGCGAAGUCGUUGAAGAUCUCAACCCUGGUGAUGAAAGAACAGAGAUCAGGAAUACUGCACCUCGUGAUUUCUUCAAGUCAAUAGAAACUGAAGAGAUUACAUCUUUGAGGGAAAAGGGUAACCUGAACAAGGAUGAGGAUGCCUCUUUAUCUGAAAACUUAUCAGAUGAAAACAAAAUGACUAUAAAGUUUGUGAAUGUAAAAGCUACAGAACAGGAUGUCUGUGACGGUUUCAAGGGUUGUGGGGCUAUUACAAAGGUUGUGUUUCCAAGUGUCAUAUCAACUAAUUAUAAAGUUGCACACAUUUAUUUUGAGUCCAAAAAAGGAAAGCAAAUGGCUCUUAAAUGGUCUGAUACGGUCAUUAGGAAUGUAGUAGUUGUGGAGGCCACUUUUCCUCCGAAAGGGAGAGAGAGGAUGUGUAUACCUGAUUUAAUUGGUUAUCCAGAAGUUCCCACCUCAUUAGUAAAGCAUCCUUCAAGGACAGUUAUGAUAAAAGAAUUGAAGCACAAUGUGUCCUUUCAUGACAUCGAAGAAGCUCUAGCCUUCUGCGGAGGCAACAUAACUGGAAUUUUCUUUGGUUCAUCAAGCUUCGUUGCUUAUGUGGAAUUUGAGACAGUAGAGGGCAAAGAAAUUGCUAUUGCGAAACAUUCAUUGAUCAUGCUUGGAGAGACACUAUCAAUCUUGCGAAUUGAUGCACCAAGAACAACCAUUGUAAGGAUAUCAAAUAUCCCUGUCCCUUCCAGGGCCAAAGUGAUCUCCUUUUGCAAAAAACUGGGACAGACUAGGUACUUCUUCACGAAAGCUUUUGGCGUCAUGGACGUGCAUUUCAAAUUUGCUGAAUGGCCAAGAAUGUUAGAGAUUAUAAACAGGCUGAACGGAAUUGAAGUAGAUGGUCAGCAAUUGGUAGCUAAACCUGCACCGAUCUAUCCCCCGGAUGUCCUUAAGGUUCUCUGGAGUCAACCAGAGGGGAGAAAGCAUUUGAAAACCACAUUCAACGGCUUGCUGCAGAAAGUAGGAGGAGGGAGUACAGUUGGUUUAACAGAACUUGUAGAUAAAUUUUAUGCUGAUGUACAAGAAACAUAAUUAACAUAAGAUGGUAAGUUUUGUUCAUUAAAACAUACUGAAAA